UCACGUAAUACUAAUAAUAAUAGUACAAAUAAUACAAAUAAAAAAUGGAUACGUACUAGAUCAAAUGAACCAAAAUCAAUAGAUGAAUUAAAUUAUGAAGAAUUACGUGAAUUUGCCCAAGAAGGCAGUAAUCGAUAUUGUUUUGAUUGUCAUCAACGUGGACCUACUUAUGUUAACAUGACGAUUGGUUCAUUUGUUUGUAUGAGAUGUUCAGGACUUUUACGCGGUUUAACACCACCACAUCGUGUAAAAUCAAUGUCAAUGGCAACAUUUACAACAGAAGAAAUGGAAUAUUUACAUGAACGCGGCAAUGAUUAUUGUAAACAAGUAUGGUUACAGCUAUUUGAAGGAAACGUUUUAACGGAAUCAAACGAUGAACAAGAUAUUAAAGAUUUUAUGAUACAAAAAUAUGAACGUAAACGUUAUUAUGUUGAUCCAAAAUUAGUUACAAAUUUACAAACAAAUAAUAAAAAACAAUCUACCACAACAAAUAAUAAUAAUAAUAAUAAAUUUAGUAACAAUAAUAAUGAACAAUUAAAGAAUAAUAAAAGUAGUACGGAUGAUUUUGUAGCUGAUUUUAGUAAAGCUGAUAUAUUUAUUGCUGAACCAUUAAAUAAAUCGACAAAUAAAAAUGGUUUUGUUCAACAGCAGCAGCCGCAACAACAAGCGUCAUUUGCUAAUUUUGAUAAUAAUCCAAUAUUUAUAAAUAAUUCAGCAAGUAAUGGCUCUAAUAUUAACAAUAAUUCAGCAACAAUACGACCCCAAAUACAAUCAAAAUUAACUCAUCAAUUAGCAAAUAGUAAACAACUACAAACAAAUGCAACACCAUCGGAAGAUCGAUAUGCAGCAUUGAAAGAUUUAGAUAUAGCCUUAAAAACCCAACAACAGCAACAACAACACAUAGCUGAUUGGAUUGGAAAUGUUAAUAAUAGUAUUGGUAUUGGAUCACCAGCUAUGUCAUCGUCCAUUAGUUCAUAUGGAGGUUCACCAGCUACGACUGGUAAUAAUGGAUUCAAUCAUUUUAAUAAUGGUAAUGGUAAUGGUAAUAUCUGGAAUCCAUUUAAUACAACACAAACAACAAUGUUAACUCCACCAUCAGCGCAAGGGAUGUUUUUAACAAAUAAUAAAUCAGCAUCACCAUCCGAACAAUAUAUAAAUCCAUUUAGAUCAACACAAAUCAACGCUAGUCAAUUACAACAAAAUAAUAAUGAUCUAUCAUUAUUUAAUACAAUCAAUCCAUUUAAACAGCAACAAUUAAAUUCAACAAUGAUGAUGUCGAAUUAUAAUACAACUGCUAGUGCUGCUAGUACAGCUGGGGCACCAACAUUCUCAAAGAAUCCAUUUUUAUGAAAAUAUUUUUUUAUUUUAUUAAAAUUAAUAAUGACAAACAUACAUGACGAAAAACGAACAAAUUCUUUAUUUUAUUUUAUUUUUAUUUAUUUAUUUAUUUAAAAAAAUUUUUUUAAAUGACAAUGUUAGACGGACCUGGUGUUUUGUUUAACAACUUUUUUUUUUUUUAAAUUAGAUUUAAGAAAAAAUCUACUUCAGAGAGACUAAAAAUCAUAGAAUUUUUUUUUUUUUUUUUUUAAUUUACAAUUAUUUUAACCUAAAGGUGUAACAAAACUAAAUUUUAUGCAAAUUUCUAUAACUGAUUAGCACUCUGGAGCUAGUAUAUCAAUAUAUGGCUUCACGAAAUCAUUCUCAUACACUGGGAUUUGAGUUCUUUAAUAACUUUUCAUUUUCUCUUCAAUUUAAACUCCAAUGUUCUUAAAUUUACAAUAUCUUGUAAGGAAUGAAUUAUUUUAAAAUGAAGCAAGGUUGUCACCGUCAACAUUGCUAGAAGUGUUGAAGAAAUGAGUUAAACAAAAACAAUAAGUCGAUUUAAUAAGUUUAUUUUUUUGAGCAAAUUUGAAUACUAUUAAAGUGAAGUGAUAUUGAAAAAAUAUUUUCAAGAGCUAGUAACAAAACGAUCUUUUUAUUUCAAAUUUUAAAAAUUUUCACUUGGAAAUGGGACCACUUCAACCGAUUGAUAGUUUAAAAGAAAAUUUAAGCCCCAAAUUUUUAUUCGAUUUUUUGUGCAGCAUUUUUCGAACAAUGAAAUUAUAGUCGAAAAUCAGUAUAGCCUUAACUACAGUAGUCCUCGCUAUCUUAUUAGCCAGGGCUACACUGUCGACUGAAUUACCACUCAUAACACUUAGAUCUCUGAUGAUCGCACUUGUAGAGUCUGGUAUGAAGGACUACAAAUCCUUCAUAGAUGUUAUUUGCACCUGUAGAAAUCUUCAACGCGUCAAAUUCAGAAUGUUGACCGAAGACAUCACGCCUUCGGGUCACAGGUUGUUCUCAAGGAUACAGAGGACCCCUUGGCCUAGGUGCUAGGGACCCAUUUGCGGUACCUCUCUUAUAUUUUAUUCUUAUUAUCUCAAUAGCCAAUUCUCCAGCUGGUUCUGGUUUUACUUGUAUUGAUAUAGUAGUUACAGAGUGUGGUAUUCAUGUAUAGAAAUCUGACUAAUUUACUAGUCACAAAUUAUAAAAAAAGAAUAAAUCAUAAAAGUUUAUCUUUA